AUGAACGAAUAUCAAGCUCUAGGACAUAUGAGGCGUGCUCCAGACGUUCAAUUAAGCUCAAGAGGAAGUCCAGGUAUUGUAUCUAGUGAUCGCUCGAAUGAGAUGACCUUGGCACAUAAUACUUCGGUAUCAGGAGGGUUGAGGGUCUCGGUAGAGGGGUCAUCGGUGCAACCCAAUGGUCUGCCUCAUUUUUAUAUGCCUCAUCAUGGAGUUCUACGUGAGCAGAGUCUCACUACAAAGUUGAGAGUCGUCUUCUAUGGAUCAGCUCAGACAAGCUCUAGUUUCUCGCUCAAUGAUGUUCUUCAUACUGGUGCCAAGCUCCAAGUCGACAUCUUCGACGUCUUGUUAUGGAUUAGACGACACAAAAUGAUCCUUAGCUCUGAUAUAACGAAGAUGUUUCGACAGAUAAACGUUCAUCCAGCCGAUUGGGAUCUCCAGAGGAUUCUUUGGCUUGAUGAACAUAACAAUAUAGUUCCAUAUCAGCUCACCACGGUUACCUAUGGUACCAGGCCAGCUCCAUUUCUUGCUGUACGAGUUCUACUUCAACUAAUAGAAGAUGAAGGCAUAAAAUAUCCUCGUGCAAUAGCUCCUAUGACGAAGGUUCGUUAUGUUAACAACAUUUUCGGUGGCUCAGAUACUUUGCACGAAGCUCAGCUCAUAGCUCAAGAUCUAAUAAAGCUCUGCAUGGCGGGGAGCAUCCCUCUAGCAAAGUGGUCAAGCAAUAGUCCUGCUCUUCUCCAAGCUCUAGCUCUACAAAGUCUCUCAACUGCUCUUACUCAAGCUCUAGAUGAUACAGAACUAAAAGUGCUUGGACUAUCUUGGAGUCCUGCAUCUGAUCAAUUCAUAUUCUCACCGAAAAGCUCAACGCUCAAGAAACUCACGAAACGCUCAAUGCUCUCUGAAGUAGCUCAGCUCUUUGAUCCGCUCGGAUUCUUAGCUCCAGUAAUAGAUCGAGCAGAAAUGUUCAUUCAAGAGCUCUGGUUAAACAAAUCAGGAUGGGAUGAUGAACUUCCUGCUCAGCUCUCUUAA